AUGCCACAGCGUUAUUCCGAGAAUUUGGUUGAAAAUAAUAAGAUACAAAAGGACCGUAUACAAUCGGUGAAUACGCGCGGCUUCGUCGAGAGCGAUUCAUCGCUUCAACGCACGACCGUAUGGUAUUUUAGAAAAAAUUUUGACAAUAUCACCAAUAAUCGCGCUUUUCUACACUCGAUAGAGUCGGAAUUGAUUGGAAAAUUACGCGAAUGUGUGAGUGUUCACCCAAUUAAAUACGAUCUCAAAUUGGAGACCACCUAUGUCAUAUCUGCAGAAGUGGACAAUAUCACCGAAAACCACACGUUCACCUCUCCAGCUAGACAAUUAUUUGUGUACAGUAACGUCGUGGGAUUAGUCGAUUGCGAUCUUACUCUUCUUCUCACCAAAGAAAAAACUUUCGCUGGCAAAGAUCGCAGGUUCGCCUUUAUAUCGUAUAUUGGUGGACUGACCUUAGGCGUGCACCAGUACAACCCACCGAUAGACAGUUGGUCAUACUUAACGUUGCCGGAAAAUAUUAUAAAUCGAAAGGCUGUAGUUAACCCACAAAACAUUGAUCAGCUGUGCUUCAAGUGGGCUAUUCUGGCAAAACACGUAUCAAAAUACCGUAGUCGAGUAGGUACGAAUUAUUUUAACGAGGCGCACCGUUACGACUUUUCCGUGUUAUCCGUCCCCACGACUGUAUCGGAGAUAACAUUGUUCGAGCGAGCGAAUCCAGGUACGUCCGUAAACGUAUAUGGUCUUAAAUAUAAUAGAACAUUUUCGGCACAAUUGAUGGUGUACCCGCUGCGAGUGACCGACGAAGAGAUGCCGAAUCAUUUUGACUUGUUGUUGAUCACUGGCUCGGAAAACAAAAAUCAUUAUACAUACAUUUCAAAUUUCUCUCGGCUCGUUAGUUCACAAAUAAAUAAAAGUCAACGUCGUUUAAUUUUUUGCAAAAAGUGUUUCAAAACUUUUAACUUCCAGCCUAGGAAGUAUAAAUUGUAUGGUGCCGAUGCACUAGCACAGCAUCGCUUGGUAGGUAACUGUGUUUUCAAUCCAAUUACUGCUUUAAUGCCAUUUUCACGUCAUUCAUGA